AUGGCGAGCAAGACGAAAGGGCACCCGCUCAAUGGGAUGCACACGGCGGGCAUUUUCUCGGACAUGACGGUCGACGGCCCGCAGAUUGGUACCCUGGUUCUGGUCGUCGAUCGCGCAAAGAACCUGCCCAAUCUGCGCACCAUUGGAAAGCAGGACCCCUACUGCGCUGCACGCCUGGGCAAAGAGGCGAAGAAGACGACGACCGACAUUCGCGGCGGCCAGGUCCCCAAGUGGGACCAAGAGCUCAGGUUCACAGUGCACGACUCGCCCGACUACUACCAGCUGAAGGUGUCCGUGUUCAACGACGACAAGAAGACAGAGCUGAUAGGCGAGGCGUGGAUCGACCUGCGCGACAUCAUCAUCUCGGGCGGCGGCCAGAGCGACCAGUGGCACCAGCUGUUCUGCCGUGGCAAGAAGACGGGCGAGAUCCGUAUCGAGAUCACUUUCUACGACAGCCGCCCCAAGCCAGAGAGGGCUGCCGUCGUGGCAAAGCAGCCCGGGCCCGCCGCCGAUGCCGAAGCUGCCCAGUCCGCCGCCGGGCCCCGGUCCAUGCCCAAACGCCGCCCGCUGCCCUUGGACCCUGUCACUGGCCAGGCGCCUCCUUCCCCCAGCCCUGAGCCUGUCGAGACACCCACGCGACCCCAGCCGUCUCCUUCACAUCUCCCGAGCCAGUCGCCGCUCCAGCAGCUCGAGUACAACACCCCUCCACCAGGUGCAGCAGGAGCCUCUGCCGCUCGCUACCAACAACAGCCCGAUUUCCCGCAGUACCGGACGCCCGACAGAAGCGACAGGUAUGCCAGCCACGCCGAGGACCGAGAUUACAACCCUCACCAAGAACAACCUCCCUACGACCGUUACGACUCGAGACCUCACGAUGCUCACUACAUGCCACCGGAUGACAGGGCGAGACCGGCCGAGGACGACAGGCCACCGCCUCCCCCAGCACAUCGCACGAGAACCGGCAGCAACGGCGCCAUGAACGCAACGUACCAAGGCGGCUUCGACCCGCUGGCCAAAGGAACCCCACCUACCAUGCGACACGACGUGCUGCGGAAUGAAGCCCAUCGCCACUCGGCCUCGGCAAGCUAUCCUGGACGUCCAACGUACAAGGCCUACGACUCGGCCCCUGCGGGAAUGGGCGGCGCCCAGUAUUCCGACACGGAACAGCCGUCUCCCCCUCGGCAUCACUCGUACGAUUCUAGCUAUGACCCAUCUCACAGGACUAUGCAGGCUACCGUGGAGGAUGUGCCCGAGUCGCCAGACACUGCCCCUUCUUUUAGGAGAAGCAUGCCUGGUCUACCGCACGCUCAAUCCUACCCGUCGGCUCUCCGGUCCGACUUCGACCACUCUGUGAGCCCUGCACCGCUAGCUGUGGGACCAAGGGGUGGCGCUGGCCCCCGCCGGAUCUCCAACGCCCCGAAUGUGCCAGACCAGCAGAGAUACCAGGGUUCCAGCGGGUACAUGACAUCCGCGUCCGACGUAUCAGACCCUGGCUAUCCAGGCCCGAGGGAUCUUAGCAGGCAUUCGGAAAGCUCGCUUGUGUCGUACGGCUCCCACGGGGACCAGCGAGCCUUGACAUAUCGAAGCGAGCUCGACGACACAUCUAAUGGCUAUGGGAUGCCGCCGGUUCCUCCAUCUCUCGUCCCUGGAAUUGAUCCGAACAUUGCUUCCAAGGGCAUUGUGGAGAGGUACCAGCCAGAAAAGAAUCAUGAACGGCGAUACACGCAGCCAGCGAGUUUCGAUACGCCACCAAGGGGCCGGCCCAUGGGUGACGUGCCUCGCAGAUACGACCAGGACACAUCGCCUAGAUCCUACAAUGCGGGGCUACCGCCUAACAGCAGGAGCCCGGUGAUGUACUCCGAGGGGCCGUCGACUUCUAGCGUUAACGUCGUCAUCAAGUCACGCGCAUAUUCGCCAAACCCCAUCCGCGACCCGAGCCCCAACCCGAAUCAUACCAUCCGGCGCAAAUCUGUCAGUCCGGCGCCGCCGCCGGCCGAGAGUCGGCGGCUGUCGGCAGUCCCAUUUGGUCCUGACUCUUACAACGCUCUCAACCCGACCGUUGCAUCGGCCGCCACCCGAGAGCCUGCUAUCACACGCCCAGACUACGACGAGUCACGGGGCAAAAUCAUAACACACGACGGCCGAGAAGUAGAUCCCUCGGACCACCUGCCCAUGGAGACGUGGGCACCCGAGCCCGAGCCCAAGAAGCCCAAGGCGCCAACCUCGUCGGCCCCUGCCUCGGCCCGCCCUUCGCCCUCGGGCGCCCAGCCCCUUCCCCUAGCAGGCCGCCGUCCCUUGCGCGUCGCUGGCCGACCGCAGUCGGUGCUGCCGAGCGGCGUCAGCAGUGCGCAGUACGCGCUAUCAGGACCAGUCGAGCCGGAGACGCCCUCGCCGCCGACAUCGACGGGCCGCAACCGUCUGCAGAAGAAGGCACAGCGCUCCCCGAUGACCGCAGCCGGGCCCGUCAUGUCGGGCGCUAACGGGCCUGGCGGCUUCCGCAGCGGCAGCAACAGCAUCGACUCCAGCCCGCUGGCUCCAUACCCCCCGCACCAAGACAACAACAACUACACGCCGACGCGGCAGCUGGCGCGCGCCUCGACGUUCGACUCGUACGGCGGCGGCGGCGGGUCUAGCGAGAACUACCCACCCCCCGUCAUGUACAACGGCGGCGGGGGGAAUAGAGGGCCCCCGCCGCCCCUCCCCGCCAAGGUGCCGCUCGCCCUGCCCGCGCCGCCGCUCCAGUACCCGCCGGCCCCCGUCAUGAGCGGCGCCCUGCAGCUCCACAGCAGCAGCCUGGCGAGACGAGGCAGCAUGGACGACCGCUACCAGGGCGGGUACGACGACGGCGACUACGACGGUAGGGGAGGUGAUGGAGAUGUGCGGGCCGGCGGCGGCCAUGGGUCUUCGCUGUCCCUGGAAGAAGAGAUGCAGCGUAUCGAUCUCGGGCCGGGCAGGUCGCGGCGGCGCAGGUAUUGA